AUGGAGAAUACUAACACUAUUUGUCCAAUUUGUACCCUUUAUUUGAGGGAAGGAAUUAGUUUGCAAGCUCAUCUUGACACUCAUCCAAAAGAAAAAGUUAUUGAAGCUUUGCUUAAAAUAUCAAAUGGAGGAAAUGUUACAACGUCUAACUCUGCCACUACUCUGCCUUAUGAUGGCUCAAAUGCUUCACUUCAAACAUUUACAAAUUCACAUUCAUCCUUCUUAUCAAAUCCUUAUGUUAAUCCUCCACAGAGUCAAAUGACAACUGCAGUGACUUAUCAACAUUUUAUAAGUAGCAAUGGAUCAACUAUUUUACCACAGUAUAUUCAAGUUCCGUCAGUUAUUAAUUCCAACAACAAUUUACCAGUUAUGCCUAAUCAGGCGAUGAAUUUUAUUCCUAAUCAAACCGUUAAUUAUUCUCAAAAUAUAUAUAAUCCAAUGUAUAAUCCUUACAUACCUCACCCUUAUCCUUUCCAACCAUUUUAUUCAAACAACCUACCAACAUCUGCUUUGCCUCCAGAUGAUUCAUUCAUUCAAACAAAUAAUGUAAAUGAAAAUUCGUCUGCGCUAAAACAAAGCGGUCAGGUAAUGCCUAUUACUCAGUCGAGCACUGCCAAGAAAAAAACAACUUCAGUUGGUGCAACCAAGUCAAUAAGAAGAAGGAAAAUCUUGAAAAAAUCAGUUUUGAGAUUUUCCGGUCAGCAUAGAAAAAGAAGAAUUUUCAGAGCCAAAACAAAUGAUUCUUCAAGCUCUCUUUCAGUUAUCAAAUCUCCAUUAAAAGGAAAAUCAGGGGUUUCGAAUAAAUCUUCGUCUGCUACAUCGAAAAGAUCAGUGAUUAACCUACCCAUACCAAAGAUUACAUUAGGGAAUUCCAGUAAAAAUUCAAAUAUAAAAAUAAUGCCCAAACCUCCCAUAACUUUCAUUCCAGAAGAUACUAUAAAUACCCAAACAGAUUGUAAAACAUCGCCUUUGCAUCCUCCUUCUUUUUCAAAUAUUCCUUCCUCGAAUAAUUUUAUAAAAAAAGAAAAUGUCCAGUGUGAUUUUAGGUCUCGGUCAAUGUCAUCUGAAAUUAUUAACGAUACCUGCGACAAUAAUGAAGAAUUCGAUGAGGGAGUUCAUUUAAACUCUGUGAUUGUUGAAUCAAGUUCAUUGCAAAAUACCAAUACUGAAUUAAAAGACUGUCAAGACCUUGUGAAAAAUGUCGAGAGUGAGGCAUCUUGCAUUCAGCAAAUUAUGAAAAGUGUAAUUAUUAAUUUGGAAAGUGAAAAUGAUUUACCAGUUGAAAAUACUAAAGACCCCCUGAGCUUUGAAGAUGCAGAAGAAGAAGUCGAUGAUUCUGCCAACGAUAAACUUGUCGACAAUUAUAAUGAUUUCGAAUCGCAAGAAGUCAUGGAGGAAGUGAAUGAUGAUAAAAGGGUGGAAAAAGAAGAAGAAGAAAAUAUAUUUCAAAUAAUUGAAAUCGGUGAGGAAAGUAAAAUUAAAAUAUCUGAUGCAAAUUUAAACGAUUGUUUUUCUGAUGGGAUUUUCGACAAGAAUUUCGAAUGCAAUCAUCAGAGUAGUUCUGAGUUUACGACAAAUCAAAAAAUAAAUAUCGUUUCGAAUAAGAGUGUGAGUGAAAAUAAUAGAGAUCAAUCAUCUUAUUCUGAAUUUGUUUUAAGUUGCUCAUCGAAUUUACAAAAUAAACAUUGUGAAAAUGUGACUGAAAAUCGAGGAACCAUUGAAAAUAAUUUUUACUCGAACAACUAUUGUGAAAGUGUGAGCAUGAGUAACACUUCGAAUAUAAUUGAAAAACCUUCUGUCAAGUCGAAUGCUUUUCAUUCAGUUUCGUUUGGUGAUGCAUUGCCGGUUACUUACAAUGAUUUACAACCCGUUAACACGAGUAAAGUUUUUCAAAAUAUCGGUCUCAACGGUCCAAAUGUUAAUCUCGGCAAAAAUGCCAACGGUAACAAUUUGAGUGAACUGUUGAAAACGGAAAAUUCGAACGUUUUAGAAUCGGUUAUUCAUUUAGUCUCGGGUAAUAAUGAAACGAAAAAUGUCAUAGAUAUGAACGAGAAAUACGUUGCUUCCACGAGUCAAGCCAACGAAAAUCAUUUGGAUAUUUCGAACAUGUCGCCCAUAGGUUUGAACAUUCAAGCGGAUGAAUCCAUGCCCGCGCGGGGAGAAUUAUCCGAGCAAGAAAGUUUGGGCGCGGAGAAUUCGACGUGGAACUUGUUUCACAACGCGUACGCUAACGACACGAAAAUAUUACAGAUGUGGAGAAAUGCGGACAAUCCGCAAGUCAUAUCCGUGAUAGAAUGCAAGAAAAAUAAUAAUAAAAAAUUCAAAUGUUCCGUUUGCGGCGAGAUUUUCUCUUGCGCCAAAGAGCGGAGAGUGCAUAAAAACGCGGUUCACACGAACAAGGAGCAGACGACGCCGAAAAAAGUUAAAAAUUACGCUUGUAAUUAUUGCGAACAAGUAUUUCUUUCGAUUCGCGAUCGGAAAACUCACGUCGUCGAAAAUCAUUUUACCGAAUUGAAACAAAAGAAAAACACUAGCCAAAGCAUAAAGCAAGAAAAACCGGAACCGGAAACGAACGAUGGACCGUUGGAAAAACUCGAUGCAUCCGUUAAAAACGAAAUCGUUGGGGAAGGGGGAGAGAACGGCGUGAAACUUGAAAAUCCGUUACCCGCUCCCGAAUCCGAAUCUCCACGAGUCAAAUAUUGUUCUCAGUGUCGUUUACCGUGUCAAGGUAUAAAAAAACUUCGGGAGCACCAGAGGUUGGAACACGGUAAGGUACACUUCAAAUGCGAAACGUGUUCGCAGUGCUUCGACGAAGAGACGGAUUACAAUGACCACCUAUUGAUUCACCCUCUCGUGUGCGAUAAAUGCGGGAAAACGUUUCACAAGAAAGCCAAUUUGAAUUUGCACAUGAAGAGACACUUGGAAACGAGGCCGUACGAGUGUCCAUUUUGUCCCAAAUCAUUCAUAACCCGUCAAAAACUCGAAGAGCAUAAAAACGGUCACUCGGGCAAGAAACCGUUGAAAUGCGGGCUCUGUGAUAAAACGUUUAGCAGGCAUUCGAAUUUGAUACAGCAUAAAAAUUUGCAUCAUUUAAACGUUAAAAAAAAAAUCAAAGACUUCGUGUGCAGGUGCGGUGAAGUUUUUCACAGUCUGAGAAAACUCGAGUGGCACAAGGAAGUACACGAACCCAAUCCGAAACCGUGUCCGUUUUGCUCGCGGAAAUUCAUACACAGCGCGAGCGUGACGAGACACAUAAGGCGAGCACACAUGCCGGAUUAUUUGCCGGGAGACAACAGAGAAUACGACAACGUCAACUGUCCCGUUUGCGACAAGGUCUACCUCAGGUCAUCGUUGGCCGUUCACCUGAGAGUUCACAACGGCGAAAAACCCUUCCCGUGUAAAAUAUGCAACAAGAAAUUUUCGACCAAGUGGAACCUCGAACUUCACAAUUGGACUCAUCAAUCUCGGAACGACAUGCCGUUCAAGUGCGACACGUGCAAAAGCGCGUUCUUUCGCGAAUCCGAUUUCGUGUCUCAUUUGAACUCGCACAAGAAUCACAAACCGUACACGUGCAACGUGUGCGGUCAGAAAUUCAUAAGGAAGUACAGUUGUCUGAGACACCAGGAAGAGCACAAGAAGAGCAAGCAGUUUGUUUGCGCCGUGAGCGGGUGCGCAAAGAGUUUUCACAGGGGUUACUAUUUGAGAGACCACAUGAAAAUCCAUUCGGGCGUUCGACCGCACACGUGUCACAUAUGCGGAAAAGCGUCGAGCACGAAAUCGAAUCACAACAAACACGUUCGAAUACACGACACGAGAGAACCCAUAAACACGGAAAAUUAG